UUGGGACCCACGCCUAUGACGGUAUACGGAGCAUCCUCCCGUUUGUCUGAACUUGGGUCUCAGCCGACAUGGAGCAGGACAAUGAGCAGCAGGCUAUGCACCAGCCUCCCACGGAUAAUAAGAUGUUGGUGCCAGUGUCGCAUACGCCCGGGUCUUCUGGAAACAGCCAAUUUCAUCAGCCACCAACCACUCAGUACUUACCAGAGAUGAUGAGGCCCUAUAUGGUAUCAGCUGAGGAAUUCAGAUGCAAUGAGGGAGAGUGGCAGUCACAGCUCAUUAGCUCCCUACCUGAGCAUGGUGCCCUGUGCCCCUCCCAGCUGACUCCUGUACCUUCCCAGAAUUAUUGUCAAAGAUCUAUUGGGAGGGGAUCCCAUGUGAUGCCAGUCAAUUCAGGUACUCUGGGAGUGACCAUUUCCUUCAGUGAGAAUCUGAUGUCUCGUGGCCUGCCAAGUCCAGCUUCCUGUGGAAUCUCCAUGAUGGCUCACAGUAGUGCCCCAACAAUGCCUUAUUCAGUACCCCCAACAGUACCUGCCACCACGGGCUCUUUAAAACAUGGAAUAUUGUUGGUCCCAGGCAUGGCUUCCUCUGGGACCCAUGCUGUGACCCCCUUUAUGGAUCAGAUGUUGCCCUCGGUCAAUCCCUGCAAUCCUGAGAUGCACCCAGCUAGGUUCCAGACAUUGCUAUCUUUAGACUCCCAAGAUUCACUUGUGACCCAGUCAAAUGCCCAGGAAGAACCUUUCGUAUGUGAGCAGCCCACACCUGCUCCACAGGAGACAGAGAGCCCCAGUACUUCAAGACAGGCAACCAGGAGACAGUCCCCAGUUUCAAGGCCUUACGUCUGCUCAUAUGACAACUGUGGAAAAGCUUAUACCAAGCGCUCUCACCUUGUGACUCACCAACGCAAACACACAGGUGAGAAGCCCUAUGCAUGUGACUGGAAAGGUUGUACAUGGAAGUUCUUCCGCUCUGAUGAGCUUGGACGACACAAACGGAUCCAUACCAGAUAUCGACCA